AUGUCACAGAGCGAAGAGUACAAGGAUUCCAGGUACUCGGAUGCUGCUUCGUCCAACAAUGAGGUAGAGGAGUAUCAGGGUUUUGAUGAUGCUGCUGAUAAGUCGAUUAGAGAAUUGGCUCGUACCAUCACCAAUACCAGUAUUAACAUGUCCAAAACAAAAAGCAGUGAGGACCUUAUUAGAUACUUGAGUCAUAUGUCCCAGGUUCCUGGUGUUGAACCCUACAAUCAUGAAGAAAUUGAGGAAAGUCUCAACCCAGAAUCUGAUAUGUUUAAUGCUAAAUUCUGGGUGAAAAAUGUUAGAAAGUUGCUUGAUUCCGACCCAGAUUAUUACAAGCCCACAUCGUUGGGAGUGGCUUACCGUGACUUGAGAGCCUAUGGUAUUGCUACUGACUCCGAUUACCAACCCACCGUUACAUCUGCUUUGUUCAAGCUUGGUAAGGAUUAUAUCAGAUCGUUGAGAAAGCAAGAUCCUUCGAUCUACUUUGAUAUCUUGAAGAGUAUGGACGCUAUAAUGAAGCCUGGUGAAGUCACAGUUGUUCUUGGUAGACCUGGUUCGGGUUGUUCCACCUUGUUGAAGACAAUUGCUGCUCAUACCUACGGUUUCCAUAUUGGAGAAGAGAGUAAAAUCACCUACGAUGGUUUGACCAUGAAGGAUAUCGAAAAAAAUUUCCGUGGUGAUGUGAUCUACUCGGCAGAAACCGAUGUUCAUUUUCCUCAUUUGUCUGUGGGAGAUACUUUGGAGUUUGCUGCUCGUUUGAGAACUCCCCAGAAUAGAGGUAAUGUCGAUAGAGAAACCUAUGCUAAGCACAUGGCUAGCGUCUACAUGGCCACCUACGGAUUGUCCCACACUCGUAACACUCACGUUGGUAACGAUUUUAUAAGAGGUGUCUCGGGUGGUGAACGUAAGCGUGUGUCGAUUGCCGAGGUUUCUUUGAGUGGUGCUAACUUACAAUGUUGGGAUAACGCUACCAGAGGUUUGGACUCUGCCACAGCUCUUGAAUUUAUCAGAGCAUUGAAGACUUCUGCCACCAUUCUUGACUCUACACCUUUGAUUGCCCAUUUAUCAAUGUUCGCAAGACGCUUACGAAUUUGUUCGACAAUGUGGUUGUGUUGUAUGAAGGUAGACAAAUUUUCUUUGGUAAGGCAGAUGUUGCAAAGAGCUACUUUAUGGAAAUGGGAUACGAUUGUCCUCAACGUCAAACCACUGCUGAUUACUUGA